AGCGUGACCAAGAUGUUGACCAUGGAAUGCGUUCGCUGGCAGAAGGAAUCUGCUCGCGGGGACCAGAACCUCUUCAAAUUUCUCGGUCGGCAGCUUCUCCUCCUUCCAUUUCUCGUCAUGAGUGGUUCUCCCCUCAUCCUCCUUCUCCUCUUCAUUCACCGUGCUGAAAUGUAG